UAACGACCUAACACAGAAUGCAGUCACAAACGUGUAUAUAAAAUCACACGGAACUGUGCCUGAGACAUGAAUAAACACUAAAUUAAGAUUCAAUAUGCCUCACUUCGUACUCCAUAAACUUAAUACAAUGUGCAUUAAAAUAUCAAAAUUUAAUACUUGAAGGUGUUGAUGUAACUGCCACUUUAAAGUAGAUAAAACACAACUACCAUAAUGGCGUUAAUACGCUCCGUUCUGUAAGGUUUCAAGCAAAAUCAAUAAAAUUAUGAAUUACAAGACGUCAUUAAUUGCGUUCUUAUCAAUGUUAUAGAAACAUGGCUACGGUGUUGGUAAUCUCUGAAAAAGGAGGCAGUGGUGUUGUCAUAUGUACUGGUGUGGCAUCUGCAUUUUGUAUGGUGCCGUAAAUUGCAGUAAUGGUAAAAUUGUGAAGAAGUGUACUUUUGAGCAUGUUUAGGAAGCACUCUGAUGUGUGGUAGGGCCAGUUGAGGAAGGAAAGUGCAGAUACAUAAGGGGAGAAAUGUAGAAUUCAGGUGUUGUGUGUGAGAUGUGUGUGGAUAAGUAAUGUCUGUGGAGGACCUGCACAAAGAUUGCACUCCAGUUGUGGGUGCUGUGACCAUGGAGUCCAGUGAUGUAUCAGAUAUAAUUAAAGAUGCAUCACCAUCUUCUGAAUCUCCAAAGCCACAACCCAUGGCCUUCAUGAUACAUUUUACUGGUAACAAAGAUGCUGCUUUGUCAAAACUGCAAGAGAAUUUCAGCAAAUACGCUGUAAGACACAAAAGAAUCCCAUCAUUACCAAAUGUUGAAGACAGUAAGAAAGCAAACGCUGUGCAAGCUGUAGGUCUCUCUCCCUUGCCCAUGAGGAAAUGUUUUGCUGCCCGACGGGCUGGCUACCACUCAGAGGGCUACUUCUCCAGUGAUCAGGAAGAGGAUUUUAGGGGCAGAAGUGACUUCUUUGUCAAGAAGUUCAAGAAUCUUGAGAAAGGUUUGCGUAUGACGAAUCUAGCUCAGGAGAAGAAGAUCAUGGCAGAUCAGAACAAAGCACUGAAUUCUGCACAUACAGACAGUUGGGAGUUUGGUGACUUUCCUGAGGAGGAUGUUCUGCAGAAUACUGCAUGCAAUGAGGCAGGUGUGGACAGCAAGAGACACAACACGUCAAUGAACAACCUGAGCACUCUGAAGCCAGAGGGCACUGUCACCAGAGAGAACUGGCUUGUCCUGGGUGCUACUGAUGAGGAGGAGAUAGAAACUCAGGACAUGAUGGAUGAGUUGAAUGAUUUAGAUUUGGAUGGAAGGAUUGACUCAUCCAGUGAGACAUUGAGUGAAGCUGGGACUUACACUAUUGAUAAAGAAGCUCCAUGCCCAGAUGUGGAGCAAGCUAGGCUUGAGAUAGAAAAAGUGAUUGAGAGGAAACUGGACACAGGAAAUGGUAGUCACGCCAUUUGCGACACCCAAGAGGAGAACGACUUCACGAUGAGCAGUUUGUAUCGUGAUGGCUCCAAUUGGAUCAAUGAGUGGGCAACUCAAGUGGUUAAGCACAAUCACCACAGCAAUGUGGAGGAGCCAUGUCCUGAGGGCCUUCCACCUUUACCUUUGGGGAAAGUUCAAGCAGGUCAUCCCAGUCCACUGGUGCUAACAAGAAUACCAUCUCCAGUCCUCAGCCCUGAGGUGCCACAUCUCGCAGGACGACGGCUCUACUCGUCACCACAGCAUACAACCUGUAGAAACAUGCACUCACCUCUGAACUCACUGCCCAUGCAGGAGGUUGGAGAUGGCCAUAGCGAUAGCAGUUUAGAAACUGAAUCAUUCCUCCGUGCGACGGAGUCAGUCGUGACAGCCAUGCAGGCCCGCAUGAGUUUCUCACUGGAUUCAGGGGGAGAAUCAGAUGUGGACACCAGUCACAGUUACCAGGCACCCCCAAGCUCCACCCCUGCAGGAGGGGGUGGAGACAAGCACCUUACCUUUAGAAGGCCAAGUGCUACAGCACAGUCUGACAGUAGCAGUGAUACGGGUUGUGGGGGCACCAGUAGCAAGGCCAAACACAAGGACGUGCCUGCUCCAGCAGUUCCUGCGUCUGCACCUCAGAUGAGGUACAACAGAGCAUUCAGUCUGCGUCGUGCUCGACUAGACACUGAGGACCAAUCGGCAGCUGCUGGAGAUAGUCGGCGUAAGAAGUCUGAUGCAGUAUCUUCCAUAGUUACCAAUCCUGCUAACAAAGCCAAGAAAACCUUGGAGCCUCCAAAAAGCAUUCAGACCAAAAAUGCAGUAAAGGGAAAAAGUCCCAAGCCUGAGGCCUUCUCAAGGACAGACUGUGGAAGGUUCAGUGUGCGGGCUCCUAAAAACACACCUCAGUCUUCACACACACCAAAACCUGCCGGUUCGAUGAAAAAGGGUGUGGGCAAAAAACCAGGUGGUGCUGGAGGGCGGAGCAAUUCAACACUGUCAUCCAGGGAAGUGGAAUUCCAGAACUGGAAGCGAAGGAAAAGUUAUGAUCCUAUGAAGGCAGCUGCUGAAGGCAAGAAGAAAGAAGCAGCGAAGAAAGCGACGAUGAGCAGCAGCAUGACACAGUCUUCCAUCAUGCCCUCUGAGGUGUCUCCCCCCAGUAUGCAGAAUCCAGUGCUUCGGUCAGCUUCAUUCCAUGGCACAGCAGGUUUGACCCCCAAAUACAUCUCUUCAGAAGAGGAGGAUGAGACAUUGUCUGCAGAUGAAAGCUCACCGACAUUAGGACAGCCACCAUUGCUGGCUAUGCCAUUAUCACCCUCCAAGAGAGAAGAGAGAUACCUGACAUUCACUCGUGCAAGGGGAAAUUACAUGGUGCCCCUGGAGGGUGCAUUUGGAGGAAGCCGAGCUUCUCUGUACAGCAAUGCUUCAAACUCAUCAUUACGAGGGAGAAAUAAGUUGGAGGCCCUGGACAGUCUAGUGAUGGCAGCCGUGUGCAGUCUGUCAAACAAACUGUGUGGAAGUUCGUGCAAUUUGCUGAAGAAACUCAGAUACCUGUAUGAGGAAGACAGUGAGCGGGCAGACAAACUCAGUGCUGUGAUUGAGGUUCUGCAGAAUUCUGCCACCCCCAGCUCACCACAAACCAAAAGUCCAUCCAAGGAGAUAUCAGGAACUCUGAAAAACUUGAAACGAAUGGAGAAUGUGUUCAGAGUGCUGGAUGAGGUUCUGUUUGAUGAAGAGGACUUUGACCUUGAGUUGGAGGAUUAUCAAAAAUCAGCUGGGAUAACACUACCCAUCAGAUCUGUUGUAUUUCCACUGGACAUAAAUAAGUUAUCAUGGAUAUUCCAUAGAUGAAGUGCAAAGUUUAGAUCAUUUUAUAAUGAACUUAGCAGCCUUCAAGGGAGUGAACUGCUCAAAUCCAGUAUGCCCUUUUAUCAUCGUCAGGAGAGUUGGAUCAGAUUUGAACAGUUUCUUUCGCACUUCAAAAGUUUCAAAUCUAUCAUUGUUCAAGAAAUGUAAAACUGUCAAAGAAAUUUGUACCUGUCAUGUGAAAUACACUUGUAGAAAACAGGUGUGUCAAAAAUAUUUUUUUUACUGAUAUAUGAUUUUAUAAUAGGCAUUUGGUGUAUUCCCAUAUGCAUCUGUAUGGCAAAAAACACAAAAUUCACCACUGUCAGAAUCUUUCCAGUUGAUGAGUUGAGUUCAUCCUUAUGUAUGUCUGUGAAUUUUGCAGCAUACUGGUAUUUCUCGAUGUCUGUUGUAUCCAUAACUCACUCAUCAAAAUAUAGCUCAAAAGGUUCCAGUGCACUUCUGACAGACCUUAUAGGGGCCACUAUUUCCAGAAAACUUUUUUCUAUAAGAAUUAUCAGCUUCUUCCAUUGCCAAUCACACCACUGUUCUCCCAAUUAAGGCCCCUUUGCUUUGCAUCACCUGAUAUUUCUUCUUAAAUGUCAUAAUCUGAGAGGAGGAAUCGUUAGAAUCAGAAACAUCUACCUUUCAUCCACUGUCACAGUUACACACUUUUUCAUCACUAGAUUGUUCCAAAACCCAAUAUAUCAGUUACUUCCAGGCCAUGUGAUGUACUAGGCAGUGUCACAUUGAGUUCCACUGACCAACUAUUAAUAGUUUGAAGGUUGUAAAACAUCUCCAGUGACCCUUGUGUGAGCAUUAUCUUGAAAGAAUGAACUUGAGCACUAGAUGUCUGUGAUCUUACAGUUGGUGAAUGUGCAUUUCGGUUGCUGCCAGUAGCGUCGCUUGAAUGGUACUUGCUAUGGUUUGCGAAGUUACUUAUCUUGAAAGAAAGUUAUGGUGUAGAAUUUUUUGUCUUGAUAUUUUUGAAACAGGACAGGCAGCCAUGACAGCAUGUUGAUGUGAUUAUUAUUCUCUGCUAUUUGAAUGAAAUCUACACACUGUUUAAGUAAAUUUAGUUAUUACAAAUUUAAUUUUUUUCUUUGGUUCUUAAUUUAUUGAAUGAUGCUUUCUACUUUCCACAUGUUGUAUAGUGCUGAAAACUGAACUUGUAUUUAAAUAACUGUUGGUACUAAGCUGUAGUCUUGAAUAGCUCUGUACAUUAAUGUGAAAUCCUAUAUAAAGGUUUGGGAACAAAAAAUUGAACACUAAGCUGACAACACAUUCACAUCUGAUCUGGAAGUAUUGCUGUGUAUUAAAAACAGAUGGCAUAAAUCUGACAGUUGGUGCCUGUGCCCCGGAAGAUGAGUGUAAAGAAGCUAAUGAUGAAUUUUACAAAAAUGUGAAGCAAUUUUAAGAUGUAUAAGAAUACCUAGUUUGCAACAGGAUGUAAAUCACUUAUUGAUGAUUUCAUAAUGGAUAAGUAAACAUCACAAACAAUUUUAGAUGUUAGAGCAUACAGAUGAUGUGAAAUUUAUAUAAAUCACCAAAAUAGUGACAUACUUUAAAGAAUUCAGUAGCAUCAAACCAACAUAAAAAUAAACUUUUAAAUUAUGAAAAGUACUGUUGGUUAUAUGGGCAAAGAAUCAAUAAAUACACGAAGAUCACACCUGAAAAUAAAGAAAAUUAAAGGAAAAUAUUAAUUAAUGCAGCAGCAAAGGACAGUUAAGAACACACAUGCACACACAAAAAUAAAUAUUACUAAAAAAGAAAAAGGAGAGAAAGUAUUAUCAAAUGAAAGUGAUGAAGAAUUAAAAUUAAUUCUAGGGAAAAAAUCAGCAUACAGAAAUUACAUUCUUAAAAAAAUUGAAUAUAAAUCUUGUAAGGCUACAGCAAAGCAUAUGUCAGAAAAAGGCAUCAGCAAUCCCAGAAAACAUUUGUUUAGGAUCUGGAAACAAAUAUACACAAAAUAAAUAAGACUUGACACCUGUAAAACAUCGCAGUUCACAAAUACAGAUUUUAAAAAAAUCAGCUAAAAUGUGAACCAACAAAAGAACAAACAAAUAUUAUGAGGGGGAAAAAAAUCCUGAACACCACAGAGGAUAUCCACUGAUACCAGUAUUACUUAACAUUAAUAUGAAUGAAUGUGUGUUUCUUCACUGGAACCAGUGAGAUUUCAGGUUAUCACAGAAGCAAGUAUGAAGAUGGCAGUCUUCUGGAUACUUGUACCAUGUAGUCUGGUUGAAGUUUAUUGCCCUGAUGAUCAAGGCAGCAAGAAUCUCUGAAAUGUCAGUAAAUUUAUACCAGACUACAAAGCACAACCACCCAGAAGACAGCCAUCUUCAGAUAUACCCACAUACAACUGAAAUAAAUGAAGACACAUUAAUUGACUGCUAUGUGGUGGUGACAAGAUACUUACACCAACUCAGACAAUUAUCAGACAGGAUUUUAUGCUUUACACAACACUACAAAACAGUAAGGAAAGAGAUUAUCUCUACCAAAACCUAGUCAUGGCAUUAAUAGGAUAGGUUCCCAUCAGAAGCAGAAUUGUGAUAGAUAAUAAAUACUGUUAGAACAAGUAAAUAAAUCCACAUAUUUGGAAUAUAACAUUUCACAUGAAGAGGAAGGCACAUAACUUCAAAAAUAAGUAAAGUUUUGUAAAGUUAGGGAAUUCUGAAUAAUGUUCUGAAGCUUUAUUUGGUUCAAAGACAAUCUCAAAUGAAAAUUUAUAUAUUUUUUAGAUAUGAUUUUAGUGAUCCAAUCACUUUGAUCUGGCUGUGAAAUCUCAACAUUAAAACAACAGGAUACAAGAAGACUGAAGACAGUAGAGAUGAAGUUCAUUAGAUGCACAACAGGGUACAGUUUAUUUGAGCAUAGAAAACAUGAAAGUAUUUUAAAAGAACAUGACAUGGACCUGAUUGAGAAAAAAUUAGCACAAUAUAAACAAAACUGGUUAAAUCACAGAAACAUUAAAAAUAUUAAGACACCCGAAACAACUUCUUGAUGGCAGAAGAUGAAGACCUGUAAUUACCACUAAAAUAAGACUACUAGACAGUUUCAAGAUUAACAACGAUGAGUGUGAAAUAGGUCAUUUACUCUCUUACCUGUGUGACCAAGAUAUCUAAUGCAACUUCCCAAAAACACUUGUAUGAAAUUUCUGACGUGGUGCAGCAUUUAGCAUAUGUUCAUAUAGUUUAUGCCACAAUUGGUUAGACGGCUCUGUCUGUAUAGUAUUAAUUGAGAAAAGAAUAAGCAACGUACAGAAAAGCAAAACACAGAAUUAUAGAUAUUCAAAAGUGUGUUAAAAAUUUGAUGCAAAGUUUAAUCUUGAGAAAAUAUAUCAGGCUACAUGGAUAGUAUUAUGAAUUUUCAGCUCAGAUUGAAUAUGUUAAUUUCAAAUAAAAGGUAAACUUAGUUGGGACCACCAAAAUUUAAUCACAGACAAUGGAUAACCAUAAAUUGAUGAACUAAAGUAGUGAGGAUUUUACUAUAUGCAUGAACUGUGGGCCUCUCCAACAAUGAAUAUCUGUGCAUGUUGAAAUGCUUGUUACCGACACUAGAUCAUCCUUGAUUUUGUCCUACACAGAGCUCCAACAUUGCACUUCUGUUGGCAUUCUCUCAGCUUGUAAUUUGACUUGAUUUAUACCAUGUCAGAUAUAACAUUUGCCAAGGCCAGGAUCUAAUUUGUAACUAUGACAUUUUUCUGUAUUAUUUUGACUUUGUACAGCUAUUCUGAUUGUAUUUUAAAAGGUGCAGUAAAAUUUACUGUUCAAGAAAUA